AUGUUGGAAUCUAUGAAGCUUGUUAAGAAUCACAUUUCUAAAGUUCCCUUCAGAUUUUGGUUCUUAACAAAUUUAUAUGUAUUUGUGAUGGAUCCAGAAGACAUUCAGACAAUUUUAAAUUCUCCGAACUGUUUCGAUCGUGGAUUGAUUUACGAGUUUGGCGACUUUUUUGCUAAAAACGGAAUCGGAAUUAACAAAAUUCACAGAUGGAAGCAAAGUCGUAAAACGUUAAAUCCAGUCUUCAGCACUAAAGCUUGUCAAGGCUACCUGAAGAUCUUCAAUGAAGAAAUUAGUGUUAUGGUUUCACGCAUGAAGGACAUCUGCAAGAAUCACGAACCAGGAUAUGAAACCUCAACAGUUACAUCUUUAUUUUGUAUCCUGGCAAUGGCAAUGUUUCCUGAACAUCAAGAAAGGAUUUUUGAGGAAAUUAAAACAACAUUACCGAAUCUGCAGGACUAUGUUGAGUAUGAGGAUUUAAACAAAUGCGAAUUUUUAGACAGAUUUAUCAAGGAAACUCUUCGACUAUUUCCUUCAUUACCUCUAAUAGUCAGGAGUGUUGAGAAAGCUACUCAAAUUGGACAAUAUACCGUCCCGGCUGGCACACAAUUGAUCAUACCCUUAAUAUUUCUGCACAGGGAGAAAAGUUUUUGGGGCCCAACUGCCGAAGAAUUCGAUCCAGAUCGCUUUCUACCUGAAAAUAUAGAAAAAGUCAAUCCUCAUGCUUAUUUACCAUUCGCCGGCGGUCCGAAGAUUUGCAUUGGAAUAAAAUAUGCCAAUACAUGUGAAAAUUAA